UUCAACUCUGCGGGAAAGCAGAAGGGGUUUUUGGGGAACUUUGUCUUGGCUAGUGAAAAUUGACGAAAAUAAUUUGUGGAUUUCUCAAGAAGACAAUUCCCUUUUUCAACGGGCAAUGUGGAUUUAACACUAAUGUAAAUGUUUUCAUUCUGCCAUAGCACAGGGCAGAAGUUGAGACUGAGAAGCCAAGAAGAAUGCAAACCUCCCACUGGCCACAAAAUGGACUGGGUCAGUCCUUCGCUGGACAAUCCCAAAGUUCCCAAGUUAACAAUGGUAAAACGAGUGGGACUUAUUCUCAUCAGUAUGGGCCAGUCAGACCACCUGUCCCAUCUACACUAGGUCCAUGCCUACCACGCACCAAUGGAGGUCACUGGGGUGGACAGACCCUGAAUCAACAGUCUUCCAUGUUUCACUUAUCUCAACCUACAACCACAAAGCAGAAGGUUAUAAUGGCUUCAAAUCCCAAGUUGUUAUCACUGCUGACUAACAAUAACGAAGCUGCACAAUUCAUUGACUCUUCACAAAGUGGAAGCCAUCAAAGCCUGCAUAGAAGGGUUAACAGUGCAGUUCCCUACACUUUCCAACAGGAAAAUGUGUCUUUGGGUGGAAAUAAUAACAAUUCACAGAGGCUAGGAACAGAUGGGAAGGUUGCUGCCCAUCACAGCACGACUUAUAUUAAUGCACAGCAGAAUGCAAGUGUUAAUAAUCUCCAAAAGCCAGUUGCUGGCAGUCAGCAGAUGGCACCGGGUAGACAAGGGCCCUCUGCUAGUCUUGCAAUGGGUAGGAGCCAAAAAAAGGUCAAUUGUCAAUGGACAGUAUUUAGCGGGCAGGAUUCAACUAGGAUAUCAGUUCAAGUUCCAAACCAGGGGCACACGGAAACACCAACCUCUUUGCAAAGUGCACAGGAGACCCAUAACAUGGCAUCAGGACCAUCUUCCAUGUCUCCUACUGACUAUAUCCAACUGCUGGGUCAUAUAUUUCAAAAUCAGAACAAUAUUAGCAGGACUGAGUUUAACUGGGUUCAACAUGGAGAACGUGUUAACACUGGCCCAUCCAACCAGAGUCAAAUAUUUCCCCCUCAACCGCUCACGGGCAUAAACAACCAGGUCAAUGUAGCAAAUUCUGCAGUGGGGCAGUUGAUGCCAACUCAUAGCCAUAACCUUCUUGUCCCCAACCAUCUGGCAAGCCGUUUCAUCGCAACAACACAGGAACACAACAGGACAGGAGCCACUGGAAAUAAUGCACAACAUGUGUAUGGUAGGCCAUAUAUGCAAGGCACAGGCCAUACCAUGCGUUACAAGGCAGACGCCACCUAUGUUCAGGUGCCUAACAGUGGACCAUCUUCCUCUGUGCCAAACAAUGGUGUACAAUCGUCAAUCCAGCGCACCCCUGACUACCCGCCUCCACCAUACCCGGGCCAGCAUUCCCAUGGACAGAUACGGAACAAGACAGGACAUGCGGUCAGGGUGGAAGCCCCUUCUCUGCAAAAUGUGCCAAACCCCAAAUCAAUCAAACCCAUGCAAUACAAGAAAAGAAAUGCCUAUGAUCUGAAACCCAACACUGAGCCGUCUUCGUCUGUGCCAAACCAUUGUAUGCAGUUCUCAGGCCAGCAAAACUGUGAGUCUAUACUUCCAUCAUACCCUAUAAGGCAGGGUUAUUACAUAACGGUACCAGAGGACAAAAGUGGAAAUGGAUUUGGAGCAGGAAAUGUGCUUUUUUUCGUUGGAGAUAAACGUAAUGAAAGUGCUUCAGUCCUGCAAGGGUCUACUGCAAGUAAUGUGCUGCAGAAGGCCAUCGCAGUUGUUCAACCUCUAUCACCGUGUAUGCAGAAAAACACACCUAUUGACAGAGCUGAUAAAAUUCCUUUGACUACUCAAGGUAUGUCUUUGUCCACAGGUGGUGAUGUGAGCAAUCAUGGAGAAGACUCUUGUGGCCAUCCUUCACGUGUCAGAACACCCUUUACUAAUUCUACAUCUUUGACAGAUAAACAAGAGGUCCCCAAGAGCAGACCAGAAGAUGCAUCAGAAUCAGGGUCUGAGAAAGUACUUACUCAGGAAGCAGAAACAUCUGAUUUUGAAAGGGCCAUGACACAUUCAUCUUUUGAAUAUGAAAUGUCACAAUCAAAUUGCUUACGUACAGAGGAAGUGGAUUCUCAACCAUCAUCAAAUUUUGAAUGUCAAGCCACUCAGAGUAACGAGUUAUCUGACAUAGAAGUGACCACUCUUCGGCAUGUUAACCCAUUGAAUGAGGAAACAAACGAACAAGUAGUUUUAGAUGAGGACAUGUAUGAAUUGGCUUCUGUUCCUGUAAUGAAGUGGACACUAGGUAAAUUGAAGGACUUGAUAGAAAUAAUUAAACCUAAAGAAUGCUCUGCAACACUGGUUGAAAAUAAAAUAAUAAACCUUUAUUGGGAGGGAGAUGGGGAGAAGCUUAUGGAGGCUCAAAGAUCCAAUGGCUUUCAGAAUAUACUUGAAGAUGUUAGGUCUGUGUGUAGUGAUUGUGAUAUGUCACCACAGUCUGUCAUACUUUCCCAAGUCCGGUACAAAAACUGGGCUAAAGUUUGGGAGAAAUGUGACAUCCUAAGACAUGGUUCUGUUUACUCCAGGCUCCCAGAACACAAGUCCUUAUGGUUGAAUACCAAUGAGCAGCUUGAUGACAUAGACAAGGAGUUUGGAUUCCCAUGGUCACUGCUGUAUGGCCAGUAUUCUCUUCAAAGAGAGGAUGAAGUGAAUCCUAUGUGUACUGAAAAUGAAAAAUCUGCCGACCUUUCCAGUAAUGUGCCAACUGAGGAACUGAUACCGAUAAAGAGACCAACAUCCUCUGAAUCUGAUGCCAAAGAAACUGAAGGGUCAGUUUUAGCACACUGUUCUACACAAACCACGUCUCCGGUUAUUCAGGGAGAAAGCAACGGUUUUAUUCAUAAUGAUCCAUUUUCUUCCCUGGUGAUCAAUGUGCUGCCACCCGAAGAGGCUAUGCGCUUUUUUAGUGAUCGGGUGCUGCAAGACAAAGUAGAAGAUGAGGAAACUAUUGAAUUAGCUGAGGAAAUGGAUGUGAAAAUGAUUGAUUUAAAAAAUGACUCUUUGGAGGAUAUGUCAUCGAAAGGAGUGAAUGGGAAAUUUAUGAACAAUGAUGUUGAGAUGGAAGAUUACUGUUGCCUUUCUCGUUGGAUGGCAGUGUUUAGUGGAUCCAGCCUUUCCUCCUGUAAUUGCCAGAACAAGACUAAAUUAGUUUCAGCAAAGGAAACUGUGAAUGCAGAGGAUCUCAGUAAAACAAAUGGUACAAUGGAAGGAAUAUGGGAAAAGAAUAAGGGUGAAAAUGAGAAGCCUGAACUUGCAGGCGUUGAAGAAGCCCACACCAUUGUUUUAUCUGAUAGCGGUUCUGAGACUGAUGGUCCAUAUACUGAUACGACAAGAAGCUUAGAUUCUUCCGAAGACCCGCCUGUUUCCCUCAUCAACCGCUCUAACAUUGUUGAAGUUGAAAUUGAAGAUGUCUUCUCAAAUUAUGAAGACUUUCUCAAAGUAGCUGCCCCAAUGUCAGAGUUAGUUUGGGACAAUGUAGAGCCAAAGCAGAAAGACCUGGAUCUACCCAUGAAAAAUAUGGAAUGUGUACAAGAACCUGACACUUUGGAAGAAGGGAACCCUGGAGGUGGGGAAGCCAUUCCUACAGUAACCAAUUCUGAUUUUAAUCAGUUACGCCAACAAACAAAUAAAAUCAGUUUCCUUUCAUCACUCUCAUUGGCACACAGGAUACCCAAGCAUCGUUCUCCUAAAAGGAAUCAUAUCUGCAAGGUUAAACAAAAAAGGGUAGGACUCAAGCGAAGAUGCUUUGAAAGUCCUCAUUCAAAAUUGUCUGUCUCUGGAAAGCGAAGAAAAAUCAAGGACUGUUUUGGUCCCAACCCUGAACUCAUUCCUGAGGGUAACUUGACUGAAACCAAUGUCAAAUUUGAGCCCCCCUAUACAACUACACCAAAAUCUUUUGAAGAAGAGCGACCGUCAAAAAGGAGAGCACUCCAGAAGCCUACAGAACCUGGACUUAAGACAAAAAUCUGGAAGGCCAGCACUGUAAGUCUGGCCUUAUUUGGUACCACGCCAAAAACAAAAAAUGAGACUGCAGCAACUAGCCUAAACAAGCACCAUAAUUCUUCUCGACCAAGACAUUUUUCGGACAAAGCUCUGGCACCUCCUGAAACACUCAGUGUAAAUGUUAACUUUUGGAAAACGGAGCCGUAUAACACUAGAACUUUAGUGGAAGCCCCAGUUAAACAUCGCAUCCUAAAUGAAUGGAAGAGCAGUUUUGUCCCAACAAAGUCUAAGGGCAGAGUUUUAAAACUACAAUAUGGAAAACGCUUUGCUCCCAAGGUGGAUGGUUAUGGUGUGGCCACUGUUGCCACAGACCCAAAGAAUGUAUUAUCCUGCAAAAGACGAGUCACCACACAAAAGACGACACUAGCAAGAACAGUAAAUAACAAGCAGACUUUACGAGACAUUGAAAGAGAGAGAAUCUUAAAUGGCCUAAGACUACAACUGAAAAGAUGUAAGCCUGAGAUUGUGCCAUCCAGCAAAUGUGAUGCAUUAGAGAAAAGUAAAUAUGAGAUGGGAAACCCUGCCGAAAUGCCUCUUGAGGAAAACAGUGUUCUAAGGUUCAGUGUGCUACCAAAGUCGUUCAACUUCAAAGAUGGACAAGAACCCAUGGACACUCCGGCGCUGAUGAGUUCAAUGAAGGAAAUUACUGAUCCUGUGACUUUGGAGACGGAGAGUCCUGAGACAACAGUCCAUAAAUCUCAAGGUGCAUGGUCUGUAUGUCCUCAGAAGAAUCCUGUCCAAUCUACUACCAUUAAAGGUACGACCAAUGGUACAAAGUUUUCCUCCACCCUCUUCCAGGAGUUUCAGAAAAAAUUCAAGCAGAAGAAUUAAGUUCAGCAGCUAUCCCUAAAGACAUCUUGCCUGCACUAAUGGAUAUUAGGAGUGAAGUGUGGACUGUUGCAUGACAUUCUAAUCACUGUAUCUUGUUUCCAAUUUAAAUGUAUGUGUAUAAUUUGUUAUUUUUGUACUUUUUCAAAACAUAUGUUCAUUUAUAAUACAGAGAUUGUUCUAAUUGUGUUUAUGCAUCUCCUAAUACAUUUCAUCUGUAUAUAGUUAUAAUGUUGUUGAAUGACUGAGACAGUGUAUCUGCCAGCAUCCUCUACCUCAGAACCAGCAACUGCAAGUUUUGUGGUUUGUUCGAUGGUUGUUGUUUGUUUUUUACUUUAUUGUCACUUGUAUUUUUAUAUUACAAGUUUGGGGUAAAACAUGUUAUGCAAAUCUCUUGUUUACAAAUUGCUAAAAGAUUUGAACUAUUCAAGCUUGAUUGAUUUUGUUCGGAUUUGUGGGCUCUGUCGAAUUCAGCUCUUGAUAUUUUAAUCACACAAGUGGCUGCCUUGAAGAGCAGUACUGUAUGGUUAUUGAUACUGAGACUGCUAAAACUGACAGUAGUUACCUCUAAUGUGCUGCAUUGGCUAAUAUGGUUUGUUUUGAAUGUAAUCUUGAUGUAUUAUUUUUCUAAAUACAUUUUUUAUAUUG